AUGCAACACGACUCUGAAAGCGAAUAAUAAUAUUUCAACGAUGCUGAUGAAUACUUUCUCAAUCUACCACAAAAAAGUUGGGAAUUCAAACGAGUCAGAGUGCCAAAUGUCCUCCCUGGAGCCAAAGAUAUCUACGUCAAAAAGUGGGUCAAAGUCAAUAAUCUUUAUGAUACCAAAUCAUAUAAACCAAGAAUCAAUUAUUAAGCCUCAAUCAAUAGGACACAUCAAGAAUUGCAAAGACUUCUAGCCAACAGCACUACUAACCCUCAAGAAUUGAGUUCAUUAUUACAAAAAAUGACUCAAAUGAAAAAGGUAUCACGCCCCUCACUUUAUUAGUAGGCUGUAGCUUAAUAACCUAAAAUAAAAAAAGUUGCCGCUCCCAAAUUUUAUGUGUGUCCUGUAACCACAUGCAAAAAGACAUUCUUUGACAAUUCUAAACUCAGAAGACAUCAAUUGGUACACACUGGAGAGAAACCUUUCAAAUGCGAAUUGUGUUCAAAAGGUUUCUCCUUAGAUUUCAAUCUCAAAACUCAUAUGCGUACCCACACUGGAGAAAAACCCUAUGUCUGCAAAUAUCCCGAUUGCCAAAAGCGAUUUAGUCAGUCCAGCAAUCUCACAGCUCAUUUGAAAAAUCACCAGAAUCCUGAUUAUGCUGGUACUCAUUCGUAUAGACUAUAUACUUAGCAUCAGAGAGUGAAGAAGUUAUAGAGGAACUUGAAGAUGAAAUUGCCGAAGAGGAUGUUGAUUAAUGA